GUGGAGGGGGCCAAGCCGGGGGGCGGCGUGCCGUGGUUGCAGAGGCACCUGAUCGGCCUCGAGCAGAGGGAUCGGGGGGGGCCAUCGAGGAGUGUUUCUUCGCGGCGGUGGCGGAGCGCGGGCUGGUUUUGUACAAGAAGCAGCAGGAGGCCAUACGGGAGAUCUUCGCUGGCAACCACGUGGCCUUGAGCACCCCAACGGGCAGCGGGAAGUCGUUGGUUGGCACCGCAAUGCUGUUCCGAGCCGUGGCGGAGGGGCGCAGGGCAUAUUACACUUGCCCCAUCAAGGCGCUGGUGAGCGAGAAGUUCUUUGAUUUGUGCAGGGAUUUCGGCCCGCAAUUCGUAGGUAUGACGACGGGCGACGUCUCUAUCAAUCAGACGGCGCCAAUCAUCUGCUGCACCGCGGAGGUCCUCGCGAACGUCGCGCUGCGGGAUGGGCCAGUCGCCCGGGUGGACUUUGCCGUCAUGGACGAGUUCCACUAUUACGGCGAUGCCUCCCGCGGCUUUGCAUGGGAGCUGCCUUUGCUGCGCUUGCCACAAACGACAUUCCUGCUCAUGUCCGCGACGAUGGGCGACAACCCUGGGCUUUUCGCCAUGGUGCAGUCGCUCACAGGAGUCCCAGUCAGUGCGGUCUCCUCCACCGACCGCCCAGUGCCGCUGGACUGGGCCUACAGGGAGCUCAAGGUGAUCGACGCCGUGGCAGAGCUGGUGCUGGAACAGAAGACGCCGAUCUACGUGGUGAACUUCACCCAGCGAGACGCGGCCGAGCUGGCCAGCAAGCUGGUCACCCGCCGCGAGAUCAUCGCGCUCAGCGCCGAGCAGAGGGCGGAGCUCGACGCGGCCGUCGCCGACGUGCGCUUCGACUCGCCCUACGGCGCCGAGGUGCGCCGGCUGCUCGGCCAGGGCGUGGGGCUCCAUCACGCGGGCCUGCUGCCCAAGUACCGGCUGCUGGUGGAGCAGCUCGCGCAGCGCGGCCUGCUGACCGUCAUCUGCGGACACCCUGGGGGUCGGCGUGAAUGUGCCGAUCCGCAGCGUCCUCUUCCUCGGAGGAGGCUCUGCAAGUACGACGGGGAGCGGACCGACAUCCUGAAGGCGCGGGAUUUCCACCAGAUCGCGGGGCGCGCUGGGCGCCGCGGCUUCGACAGCCAAGGCAGCGUCGUGGCGGUGCCGCCAGAGCACGUGGUGGCGAACCUGAAGGUGGAGGCCAAGAUCGAGGAGACGAAGAAGCCCAAGGAGAAGACCAAGCUCAGGAAGCGCCUCGAGAAGCCACCCGAGCGCAACUACAAGGCGUGGGACGAGUCCACGUUUUUCGAUCUGAGCACCAAGGCUCCAGAGCCCCUCGUCUCGCAGUUCAAGCUCAGCCAGGGCAUGGUGCUGAGCUUGCUGCAGGGCGCGCAGGAGCACUGCCGCGACGGCCUGGCCGAGCUGCACGAGCUCAUCUCCUUGUCGAGGUGCGGGAAGGACCUCCUGGGAUCGUCAGAAGUACUGGGCGGAGCAGGUAGAGGUGUACAUAGACUCGCUGGUGGCCGCACAGCUCGUCGUCAGGGGCGACAGCGGCGGCAUCUCGAGCGUGAGCGACACUCUGCAGAGGGACUUCGUGCUCCUCGAGGACGUGUCACUCUUCGUCCUGGACGUGCUACCCAUGCUGCAGUGGGAUGCCUCCGGGGACGACGACAAGUUCGCGGACAGCCUGCUCAGCGCCGUGGAGGCCGUGCGGGAGAAUCCGAUGGCCGUGCUGAAAGCCCAGAGAAGCGAAGAGCGCCAGAAGAAGGUAGACGCGCUCAAGAAAGAAAAAAUGUCUUACGAGGCACGCAGGUAUUUGGUCGAGCGCAUCCAGCUCGAGACGGCCGUGCCCGUUGGCAAAGUGUUCACCGACGCCUUUGA